AUGACCGAAGUCGAAAACGUGUCAGUCACCGAGGGGAACCUCACAUGGACCAGUACCGGGGCAUCCGACAAGGCUUCUCUCCAUGAGCUCGUAUUAGUUCGAGAGGUCAAAUCAAGCACAGAGUCCCCUUCGCAUUAUCUCCUCUUCCUGCUCAAGGAGGAUCAGGACAACAAGGAGUCUCCGUAUCGACUAUCAAUUUUGAAAGCCAAGGAAAUUCCCUCAGAACUUCACAGCAUUACUCUGACUGAACUCCCCCCUCAUCUGAAGCACGGUUCUGCCAACGAGCAUGGUGUCACGAACCAGGUGGAUGUCAUCAUCUCUGUUAAAUCUGGAGUAGGACAGGCUCUGAAAGCAUGGGAAGGAGUCCUGCAGCCCCUUUGGAAAAUGCUUGCAGACACAGAAAACCCGCAAUACCGUCUCAUUCAUACAGAGAGUGAAGAGACCAUUCGAGACUAUGCACGGAAACUGUGGGCCUCAGAAGAGCGAUCGAAAGCGAGGAUAAUCGUGCUUCUUAGCGGAGACGGAGGUGUCGUAGACCUUCUCAACGGCUCUGAUGGAAACGAGGUCCCUGAUAUCCCACCUACGAUUGCGCUGCUUCCUCUCGGUACAGGAAAUGCUCUCUUUCACUCAACCCAUAAGCCUUUAUACUCUGAACCGGGCCCAAGUCCACUUGUCGUUGGACUUCGAACACUGUUUCAGGGAGUCAGUGCCGAUCUUCCUGUAUUCCGAGCAUCGUUCUCCUCAGGAUCACGAAUCGUCAAGUUUACGGACAAGACCAAAGGAGAGGCCCCAAUCAAAGACCCAAACCAGAUUCAGAAGGAGGAAGUUUCCAUCACACACCUCCAGGGAGCUAUCGUCGCCAGCUACGGUUUUCAUGCAAGUAUCGUUUAUGAGAGUGACACUCCUGAGUACCGUGUCCACGGCGAUAAACGGUUUGGUAUGGUCGCUGGAGAACUUCUCAAAGAGUCUCAUCCAUAUGCUGCAAAGGUUUCUGUCCGCCACCCUGGUUCUGGCACCUUUGAGGACAUCCCUCGUGAGAAGCAUGCCUAUGUCCUCACUUCUCUCGUAUCAAAUCUCGAGCGAACAUUCACAAUAUCACCAGCCACUAAACCCUUGCAAUCACAGCUUCGUCUAGUGCAUUUUGGACCUAUCGGUGGUGAUCGUACGAUGGAUGUCAUGAUGAAAGCGUACGACGGGGGCAAACACGUCGGCAUGAACUGGCCUGAUGGUGAAAGUGUUGGCUAUGAUGAAGUGGACGAGGUCAAGAUUUCGGUGUUGGAGAGUGAUGAGAGGUGGCGCAAGGUCUGUAUCGAUGGGACGAUUGUUGAUAUACCUGAAGGUGGAGAGAUGAAAAUCAAGAUGCUGGACCAUGGUCUUUUCAAAAUCCUGGCGAACCCGAGCAUUUCGGAAGCAAGCAUGUAG